ACAAGAUCAGGUUAGAACAGGUUCUGUUUCCCAAAAAUGACAAGUUGGAGGCCGGUUGGGCCAGCCUAUAAAUUCGUACCCUGGGUGUCUUGGCUACUUUACUUCUUCCGGAGUCUCUCUGAUACCUGAUCUGACCCAAGAUGUCUAGUCCCCUGGAACACGCUCUUGCCGUGAUGGUCUCCACCUUCCAUACCUAUUCCGGCCAAGAGGGCGACAAGUUCAAGCUCAGCAAGUCGGAGCUGAAGGAACUUUUGCAGAAGGAGCUGCCGAGCUUUGUUGGGGAGAAGGUCGAUGAAGACGGUCUGAAGAAGCUGAUGAGCGACCUCGAUGAGAACAGUGACCAGCAGGUGGACUUCCAGGAGUACACUGUGUUCCUGGCGCUCAUCACGAUCAUGUGCAACGACUUCUUCCAGGAGGCCCCAAACCGGCCCUGAAGCAGAGCCCACACGCCUUGCCACACGCGAGGCUCUCGGGCCGAUACAGUUCUCUAUCUUUUUAAAUUUUGUACGAAAUAAACUUUUGUUUGUU